CUUCGUGGGCCGCGCUCCGCCGCCAUGCGCUCGGAGAUGGAGCCGCUGCUCCUGGCCUGGAGCUAUUUUAGGCGCAGGAAGUUCCAGCUCUGCGCAGAUCUGUGCACGCAGAUGCUGGAGGAGUCCCCUUAUGACCAGGAACCAGAUCCUGAAUUGCCAGUGUCUCAGGCAGCUUGGAUUUUAAAGGCACGAGCACUAACCGAAAUGGUGUACGUAGAUGAAAUUGAUGUAGAUCAGGAAGGAAUUGCAGAAAUGAUGCUGGAUGAAAAUGCUAUUGCUCAAGUUCCACGCCCUGGCACAUCUUUGAAACUCCCUGGAACUAAUCAGACGGGAGGGCCUAGUCCAGCUAUAAGGCCAAUCACUCAAGCUGGAAGACCCAUUACAGGUUUCCUUAGACCUGGCACACAGAGUGGAAGGCCUGGCACCAUGGAGCAGGCCAUCAGAACUCCCAGAACUGCCUACACAGCUCGCCCUAUCACCAGUUCAUCUGGAAGAUUUGUCAGGCUGGGAACGGCUUCCAUGCUUACAAGUCCUGAUGGACCUUUUAUAAACUUAUCUAGACUGAAUUUAACAAAAUAUGCCCAGAAACCUAAAUUGGCAAAGGCUUUGUUUGAAUAUAUCUUUCAUCAUGAAAAUGAUGUUAAAACUGCUUUGGACUUGGCUGCCCUUUCCACAGAGCACUCUCAGUACAAGGACUGGUGGUGGAAAGUGCAGAUUGGAAAAUGUUACUACAGGUUAGGAAUGUAUCGUGAAGCAGAAAAACAGUUUAAAUCAGCCCUGAAGCAGCAGGAAAUGGUAGAUACAUUUCUCUACUUGGCAAAAGUUUAUAUCUCAUUGGAUCAACCAGUGACAGCUUUAAAUCUUUUCAAACAAGGCUUAGAUAAGUUUCCAGGAGAAGUAACCCUACUUUGUGGAAUUGCCAGGAUCUAUGAGGAAAUGAACAAUAUUUCAUCAGCAGCGGAAUACUACAGAGAAGUUUUGAAACAGGACAAUACUCAUGUGGAAGCCAUUGCGUGCAUUGGAAGCAACCACUUUUAUUCUGAUCAACCAGAAAUAGCUCUUCGGUUUUACAGGCGACUCCUGCAGAUGGGUGUUUAUAACUGUCAGCUCUUUAACAAUCUGGGGCUCUGCUGCUUCUAUGCCCAGCAGUAUGAUAUGACUCUGACCUCGUUCGAACGUGCCCUUGCUCUGGCUGAAAACGAAGAAGAGGCAGCCGAUAUCUGGUACAACCUGGGCCACGUAGCUGUGGGCAUAGGGGAUAUGAACUUGGCCCAUCAGUGCUUCAGGCUCACUCUGGUCAACAACAAUCACCACGCCGAGGCCUACAACAACCUGGCUGUGCUGGAGAUGCGGAAGGGCCAUGUCGAGCAGGCAAGAGCACUGCUACAAACCGCAUCAUCUUUAGCACCCCAUAUGUAUGAGCCACAUUUUAAUUUUGCAACGGUCUCUGAUAAGAUUGGAGAUCUACAGAGAAGCUACGUUGCUGCUCAGAAGUCGGAAGCAGCAUUUCCAGAUCAUGUGGAUACCCAACAUUUAAUUAAACAGCUAAAGCAGCAUUUUGCUAUGCUCUGAUUGUCCCACAGACCAAGUAUAUCCUUAUGAGGGCGCAUUACACAAGGGAAAAAGUAGUGUUUAUAUAUAUAUAUAGGAUAUACAAACCUGUGCUUGAUAUUAGUGAAGAGGACUUAAGGGAGUUUACACAAGAAUUUAUAAUGCAUACUUGAUAAUAACUUGUAUAAUAUUAUAAAAGAUAGGAUUUAAUAUUUGUAAGUAGAUCGUGAAAACUUCUCCCAUAUCUUAUGGUAGAUGUUUAUAAAAAUGUUUACAAAACAUUUUCAUGAAUUUCCUCAAAUGUUUAUAAAUGCAUAUUUUUAAUGUCGUUAAUUUGGCCAUUAGCUAACAUGUAGCUUCAGAGGUCUGAAAUCUGCCAUUAAAAUUGCACCUUUAUGG